AUGCCUACCGAGUUAGAAGAAUUGGUCGAGUUUUUACACUCACCGCAACCAGCAGUUGUACAAAUUGCCCUUGAUAACCUUGUGGGCUACUCUCUGGGCCCACAGAAGCAAGUGUUCGCCUACAACAACUAUGAAGCCAUCAAGGACUUGAAGAAGCUCUCUCAGGAUUCGGGAAAAACCACCGUAAGCCAGUCGGCCACCAUCUUGGCAAACUUGUGCGAUGACUCGCAGAUGCGCAAACUCAUAGUAGAAGAUGCCGCAUACUUAAAGGUGCUCGUUUCUGCCAUUAUCAGACCAACCAAUAUCAAUGCCGAUCUCAUGUCGAUCCUUCUCGCCAAUUUGGCCAAGGACGACCAAAUCACUGCCAUUUUCAAGAUUUCCCUCGAACUAGAUGAGGAGGAGAAGAAAGUCUUUGCUCUGAGCAAUGCCAUGGACUGCUUGAUGGACUGUUUCGUCAAAGGCUUCGACCGCACCCUUAACAAAUACGCCAACUACGACUACUUGGCCUAUUUCUUCUCUGAUAUAUCACGCUUCGAGUUGGGUAGAAACUACUUCAUCACAGAGCAAUCUUAUGAUAACGUUGUUCCAAUCUCUAAGCUUCUUGUCUUCACCGAGAAGUAUGACUCCAAAAUUAGAAGAGAGGGUGUUGCUUCUACCAUCAAGAACUCUUUGUUUGAUAUUGACUCACAACACAAGCUUGUGCAUGACGAGAAUAUCAACAUUUUGCCUUUCAUUCUCUUGCCUAUUGCUGGCCCAGAGGAGAUGGACGAGGAUGACAUGUUUAACUUGCCAGACGAAUUGCAAUUGCUACCUGAGGACAAGCAAAGAGAGCCUGUUGAGUCUAUUCUUUCGACGCAUUUGGAGUCUGUUUUACUCUUGUGUACUAGAAGAGAAAUGAGAGACUUCCUCAGAGAGAAGUCUGUGUAUCCCUUGGUCAGAGAACUUCACAAGGUUUCCGACUCAGAGGACGUCACCGAGCUUUGUGACCGUGUCGUGCAAUUGUUGAUGAGAGAUGAGGCUGCUGGUGCCACCAUUGAGGAAGAGGAAGUGGAGGAUGAUGACGAUGAUGACAAAGUUGUUGAGAUCUUGUAA